CCGGCGGCCGCGGCCCCACCGACCCUACCCCCGGCGGCCCCGUGCCUGCCCAACGCCACGGCCGCCGGGCUCCCUGGCUUCUCGGCCCUGCCGGAGCGGAUGCGGGACUUCCUGCUCUUCCGGCACUGCCGCGCCUUCCCGCUGCUGCACGACGCCCCCGCCGCCUGCCGCGGCCCGGCCGGCGUGUUCCUGCUGCUGGCCGUCAAGUCUUCGCCCUCGCACUACGAGCGGCGCCAGCUGGUCCGGGGCACGUGGGGGCAGCGCCGCCGGUACGCGGGUGCGCCCGUGGCGCGGCUCUUCCUGCUGGGCAACCCGCCGCCCUCCGAAGAGGCGGCCAACCUGGAGCGGCUGGUGGCCCUGGAGGCCCGCGACCACGGCGACGUCCUGCAGUGGGGCUUCCGAGACACCUUCGUCAACCUGAGCCUCAAGCACACGCUGUUCCUCGACUGGCAGGCGGCCCGCUGCCCCGGGGCCCGCUUCGUGCUCAGCGCCGACGACGACGUCUUCGUGCACACGGCCAACGUGGUGCGCUACCUGCGGGACCAGCCGCCCGACCGCCACCUGUUCGUGGGGCAGCCCAUGGUGGGCUCCCCGCCCGUGCGUCACCCGGCCAGCAAGUACUUCGUGCCUGAGAUCCUCUUCCCCGGGGACUUCUACCCUCCCUACUGCAGCGGCGGCGGCUUCCUGCUGAGCGCCUUCACCGUCCGCGCCUUCUGGCAGGCCGCCCGCUCCGUGCCGCCCUUCCCCAUCGACGACGCCUUCGUGGGCAUGUGCCUGGAGCGGGCUGGGCUGGCGCCCAGCGGCCACGAGGGCAUCCGCCCCUUCGGCCUGGACCAGCUGGGGGCCCCCGGGCGGCGCUCCUUCGACCCCUGCCUGUACCGCGAGGUGCUGCUGGUGCACCGCUUCCGGCCCUACGAGAUGCUCCUCAUGUGGGAGGCCGUGCACGAUCCGCACCUGCGCUGCUACAAGAGACAACGUGUCCCCCAGAAGGACAGCGGGCUUCGGCCCCAGUGAGGCGGCCCCUCCCGUCACCGCGCCACCGCCCGCUUGACCGCCCCUCCCCAUCUCCGUCGGAAGUGGUGGCCCCUGGGGACGCGGUAACACCCCUUUCCCUUGGAGGUGGUUUCUGAGGGGCUGGGGACAGAGUGACCGCCCCCGGUCCAUUUCCCAUCUCUCUCUGGAAGCGGUGAGCCCGGAGACGUGACCUUUGUAGGACUGGGUGUCGGUGGGAGGGGACCUGUAGGCUAGACGGAGGAGGAGGGGGCUUCUCCCAGUUCUGCCCUUAAAACUCUGGGUUGAGGGGUCCUCUUGGAUUGAAUAACUCGUCCUCGAAGCCUGUGUCGAGCAGUCCAAGUGUCUGUUCGUAGGUCUCAGGUCCCUCCCCGGUCCCUCCCCCGGUCCUGUUCCAACCAGCUUUACCUCCUCUGCCCCGCAAGGGCCCUUUGCCCGACAGUAGACCCGUCCCGACCCUAUAGAUAGUCAUCUUUCACAUAAGGACAUGUUUGCUAUCUUGUGGGUUUGUGCCGGAUGGGCCGAUCUCUCUUUCCCCUUCUGACUCUGGUUUUCCCCCGAUGGUCACAAAGCCUCCGCUGGAGGAGAGGUGGUCCUCUCCUGGCGGCUACCAGCUUGGCUGGCCUGUCCACGAUAGUGGGAGCCCCCCAACCCCUGCUACAUCCCAUUGUUUGAGACUGCGGUCCACCAUAUCUUUAUUCACCGGCCUCCCAGCCUUCCGCAUCCCGUCCGGGGGACGGUGUGGCUCCGACCAUUGCCUCGGUCUCGCCGAGCUGACUUCUUCAGGGCCUCGUUGGCCAUCUUAUCCUACCGUCUGACAUCCGGUGCCGGUUGUAGGCCUUGAGGGGUGGAAACCUCUCGAGGUCCCGGAUGUGUCUUCUGUGGUAGGUCCAGGUAUCUCGUCUUUACGGCGGCCGGGCAGGCUUUCGACUUGAGGUGGGGUUUGAUGCCGUAUCGUUGCCCCACACUGUUUCACCAUCGGCUCACUGCUAAGCUGGUCCUUUUUAUCGUUUCUUCCUGUUGUACUCGAUCUGUCAGGACUCCGUCGGCUAGCGCGCCGCCUGGGGAGCGGAACUCAGGGAUUGCCGAAAAAUCUGUGUGGCCUAUGAAAAUCAUGGGUUGGGUUUCCCGAGAGUGGGCUGGUAGAAGACUUCAUUUUUUUUUUCAGAUUUGCUGUCAGCCAAAUUUGAAGAGCCAUCAGUUAGUCACUAAUCAAUCAUAUGUAUGGAGUGCUUUACUGUGUGCAGAGCACUGUACUAAAUGCUUGGGAGAGUACAAUAUAACA